CCCCUCCAAAUACCAACUCAUUUAACUGUCAACCGCAUUCUUUUAUCUUACAACACUUUUCUUCCCUAUUUUCCCUCUGUUUUCAUUUUCUCUCUGCUUUUCUCUGUUAACCCCCUGUUCUUUUCUCUGUCUUUUGAAAUUCUGAUAUCAAAUAACAAAAAAAAAUGUGGCCGGGAGGGGCAGAUAAUAAAAAAAUCUGGGCAGGAGGGGCAGAUAAUCAAGGCCACUUCCUCGGCCGGAUUAGUAUACGCCGUAAUCAAGUCGCUUCCAUGGAAGGAGAAGUUGAAGAUUUGGAGCUUUUUCAAAGGAAAAUUUCCGAUCGUUUUUCCGAUCUUUUACCUCCUAAAAAGGAAUCCUACCAUUCGUCUGGUAUACCUUCAUCGAUUUCUAUCUCCUCCGCCGCGAGUGAUUCUCCUACGGCGGGGAGUAUUGACGGCGAUUCUAGCCCCUUUUCGGGAUGUGAGACGUUCCUUUCAAUUGCUUGGAUAAGGAAACUUCUUGAUGCUUUUCUAUCUUGUGAGACGGAAUUCAAGGCCGUGCUUUUGAUCGGGAGGGAACCGUCUCAGGUUGCGAAAGCGCCUCUUGAUCGUUUGAUUCCUGAUUUGCUGGAUAGGGCGGUUAAGGGUUUGGAUAUUUGUAAUGGGAUUACUCAUGGUAUUGAUGCUGUUAAGUUUAUGAAAAAUCAAGCUCAGAUUGUUGUCUCUGCCUUGGAACAGAGGCCCUUCACCGAUGGCCAGAUUCGGAGGGCAAGAAGAGCACUUGCAGCACUACAAGGGUCAGUUGUGAUGGAUGAAAAGGAAAACACAGGCAAGUCGACGGAGCGAUCAUGGUCUUUUGGCAAGCGCACAAGCGGCGCGUCAUCAAAAGACCGCCACCACGGGCUGAGCUUCAAGUCUCUAUCGUGGAGCGUGGCCAAGCAUUGGUCAGCUGCCAAGCAAGUCCAAUCAAUCUCCUCCAAUCUCAACGCGCCACGCAGCGGGGAACCAACAGGGCUGGCCCUUACGGUUUACAUCAUGAACGUGGUCCUGGUGUUUGUAAUGUGGGCCCUUGUGGCUGCUAUUCCUUGCCAGGACCGGGCCGGGCUCGGGACCCACAUCCCGGUCCCUAAACAAUCAAAUUGGGCCCACGGCAUAUGUGGGGUCCAGGAAAAGAUUGCUGAGGAAUGGAAAAAGAAAGAAAAGAAAGGGUCAGCUGGACUAAUGGAGGAGGUGAUCAAGAUAGAUAAAUUGGCUCAUUCCUUAGUGGAGUUCGCCGACAAUUUUCAUUACCCAAUGGAGGAGGAGAAGGAGGCUGAAUUCGCCGCCCAAGUCGCCGAGCUAGCGGAGAUAUGCCGGAAAAUGGAUGAUGGGCUCGGGCCGCUACAGUCACAGAUUAGGGAGUUGUUCCAUAGACUUGUAAGGAGUCGUGCAAUGAUACUAGAUGUCCUUGAUCAAGCAGGCAAAUCAUCUACCCCUCAUGUAUAGGUUAGAAAGAAAAUUUCUUAUUUUUUAUUUUUUGGGUUAUUCUUUUCAUUUCAUGGAACCGUGUAAAUUUUAUGUUAUCUGGGAAUUUCUUGUUUCCUAA